AAGAUCCUGGCGGAACAUUUUUCAAUUUCUCUCUUAUUUUUCUUUCUUUCUCUCUACCUCAACUUGCCAUAGAGACAUGGCAGGACUCACAGGCCCGUUAAGCGUCCACAGAUCAUUGGUGUCGACAUGCCCAAGAAAGGGAACCGAAAACGGCUGAAAUUUAGGGCCGGGGACGUUUGUUCGGAAUCAGUGACCGUUGCUGAUUAUGCUGAUGCCGACCCAGCCGUUGUGAAGUCUGGGAGGGUGAAAAAGGCUGUUGCAAAUGCAGUUGAAAAAGAAGUAAAAUUACUCUGCGGCCUGGAAGCAUCUAAUGGAGCCGUAGAAGAGGUCCUCUCGUCAGCGGCCAGUGUCAAAGCAGACGCUUUAGACAGCAGUGAUGACCUAGACCCUGAAGAAGAUGGCGAAAAUGAAACUAAAGCGGUCCGCAAGAAGAAAAACAAGAGGAGAAAGGAAAGCAGUGAGAGCAGUGAUGGGAAGGAUUAUCCAGUGGAUAUCUGGUUAGUGCUCGCCUCCUACAUCCGUCCAGAGGAUGUGUGCAGAUUUGCUCUCAUCUGUAGGAAUGCCUGGACAGUCACUUGCACUGCAGCUUUUUGGACCAGGCUCUACAGAAGACACUACAGGAAUGAUGUUGACCUGCCGUUUCGUCUCCAGCCUGACUCUAUUGACAGGACGUGCUGUUUACGGGCCCGUGUGAUUCGCUCCCUCUUCCAUUUGUAUGAGCCGUUCGACUUGCGUGUCUCGAAAAUUCCUGCCCUGCCAGAAUCCACACCCACAACCUUGCUCAACUCUAAGUGUUUGCUGUUCUGGGUCAGGAAGGUGUCAGGGACUCGACCAGAGGCAUUGUGGGAGUUCAACUUCAAGUUUCUAAAGCAGCAGGGACACAGUAAGAAUGGUUGUGCCAAGUCCUUGCGCAUGCCCAGACAAUACGAAGAUGUCCACAUGAACCCAGAUUCUGACUGCUACAUGCUUCAGGUCACCACCCUCAACUUCAUCUUCACGCCUGUGGUCAUGGGCAUGACACUGACCCUGUUCACAAUCAACGUUAGCACGGACAUGCGCCACCACCGUGUUCGUCUGCUGUUCCAGGACUCACCACUCCAGCGAGGGAAGAAGAGGGCGGAUCAGGGCGGGACCCAGGUGGUAUUGGAUCCUGUACAGAGUGUGAAGCUCAUGGACUGGUGGCAUCCACAGUACCCCUCCUCACCUUACACAUAGAAGUCCGGCCCCCUUGUUAUUACAGCAGAAUGUCACAUCAGGAACCCUGCUGUUACCUCAUCCCACUCACCAAACAGAAAUGUGAUAUUGCAUGAUUCUGUAGAACCCUGGAUUAUGUUCAGUGACAAAGUUUUUGCACAUUUUAAUGUGAUUGUUAGACAUUGAAGAAAACAUUGACUGGAAACCCCACUUUCCUGUGUCAAACUCAAACAUGUGGCAUGCCCAUCCACCACCCCACCGGCCAUACCCUGAACAUCAUAGUUCUUUCUGCAUUGGCACUGGAUGUAAAUCAUGUACUGCAGAAUUGUCCAGUAUGAAUAUAAUUCUUAUGAGCCUGGGCUUGUUAUCGAUGUACACAAACCUGCCAUGGCCACAUCGUGUCAUUGGCAGGCCCUCUGCUCUUUACACACUCCUCAUGUUCAGCAGUUCCUUAGUCUUCAGUCAGCAUAACUAGAUGAUCAUCUGAAAUCAGUAACUGUUUAUAUAUGAAAAACUACAGAUUGAUUUAGUAGUUUCUCACUGCAGACAGCAUAGUAAUCGAAAGUAUAACUGAAGCUGAGUUUCAGAUGACAUACUCAAGAAUUGGAGAAAUUGCUCUGAGAGUAAUCUCAAUUUCAGAUGGUUUUGCAUAGUGAUCUCAGACAAUAGUGCAUCAUGUUUCACAAUAUAGAAAAUGCUGUGAUAUGAUCACAGUUAUACUUGAUAGAUGAUAAAUGCAGAUGUAUCAGCUCAGGCCUACAUACAUGGCAGAGUGUGUACAUUUGGAGCUACCAGUGACAUAAAAAAUGUUAUUUUAAGUAGACAACAGUGACUAUGUUUACGUGCACAAUAUUUAGUUUUUUGCCCUUAUUUCAAAAAAGAAUAUUCCUACCAAGCUGUUUAAAUAGCUAAUGAAAAUGAAUAUUCCACUAAUAUUCCUAUUUACAUGCAGCGAUGCAUACCCUGAUUAACGAACACCUCCAUUCGUUCAUUCAACCACCUACUUGAAAAGGUUGGUGUUGUGAUGUUUGCCCAUAUCAAAAAAAUCUAUCUGAGUCUUUCAUCAUGUUUAAGAGUAGGUGUGUUUCUCCUUCUGACCAGGAAGGUGGGCUUUUGUUUAGUGCAAGCAUCUCUACACCAGAUUUGCAAACUGUUGGCUAGGCAAAGCACAGAGCUGACCGUAAACAGGCAAGAGGCCACGUGUUGCAAACUGCGUGAAAACCCCAACUGGGCUACAUAUUCUCAUUGUGCUAUAUGCAUGUCCAAAGAAUGCUCCUAAAACACAAAUAAUAUCGGAUAUUCCACAUGUCUUAAUCUGAAAAUGCUCCAUUCUGAAUAAGACCUAUUUUGGAAUAUCCAAACAAAAUAUACUUACAAGACCUAUAUUAAAAUCAGAAUAUUGUCAUAUUUGGAAUAAUAAUGGAAAAUUAGCAUGCAUGUAAACAUUGUCACUGUUUCAUGUUGAACCUUUUCGUGUGACACAUUUUAUAUUUACAUUUUGAGUGACAUGAGUUUUUAAAAUUCAUGGAUUAACAGGGUGGAACAUUUGUACUGUCUUCCCUUUGUUUUUAUGUUCACUUGAAGAUUUACUCUAAAAUGAUUUUGAUCUUGAUUUUGUGUAGGUUUGAAUUUCGACAAUGUUGCAUCAACAGAAUUCAUUUUUCUUUUAAAACCAUGUUUUAACCAUGGCAGCCUCACAUCGUAUUUUGUGAAUAUUAUUGACACUGCUCUAUAUUGAAGGGGCCAAAGAGAUGAUUUACCUCAGACAUCAUCCACUCAUCUGCUGAUUUGGACAGUGUUUCUUUUCUUUCCGGUGUGUCUUGGCUAAAAACAUCUUGAUUGUCUCCUUGCUGAGCACUGUGUGAGCUGUAUCCCCUACUGCCUCCUGUGGAAUCUCAGUCUCCACUUGAAUGACUCAAGGUGUUAAAGUGGUCUGUCUGUCUUACGAGCCUCGAAUGUGAGUAGAAUCAUACCAAUCACAUGCUUGAUUAUUUGAUGGUAGCUACCAUUGACACUGAUUUAUCCAUCCAUUAGACACAGUCAAAAUCAUUCAACCUGAAUUGAUUUGCACUUAAACAAAUAUUGUAAAUAAUAAAAAAAAUGUUGGAUUAACCAAAUACAGUUUACACUUCUAGAAAUAGUUGCUGACAGUACCAUGUAGAAGCCAGCUGGAUGUUCUGGUAAGCAGCAUUUGAUUGUUUUAGUUGGUGGUCUAGUUUAAUCAGAUAGACUUACUGCACUGAAAUAAAAACUGAAACUGCCCAU